AAGGGAAAGGAGAGGGAGCACGUUUCUGUGUGUGCUUCAAUACUUCACAGCGCUGAGACAAAAAAAAAAAAAAUCCAUGAAGUUAUUCGUCCUUGAUUAUAACAAAAAUACUACUUCAAGGCACUUUUGGAAACACCAGCAUUUUGGUCAAUAAUAAUAAUAAUAAAUAAUAAUAACAACAAUAAACUUAAACCAGUGACUGAUUUGUAAAUGUGAGAAACCAACUUGGCGGUACUGGGAGGAAAAACUUUUCCCUUUUCUACUUCGUACGGAAACGUAGAAAGAGCGGAUGAGAGAUCCUGGAGGUAAAUCCUAACACUCUGUUGUGACAAUUACUGAGUAAAGAGAAGAAGGACCCCUCUUCUCCUAAAAGCAUCUGUCACAUUCAGGCCUCUCCCAACAUGUCUCUGGCCUCAUUCCAUUUGAUGCAGGCCCUGAAGAACUCUCCUGCAGCCCUGCGCAGGCACUUUAAACGGGACCGUACAGAGAGUCUUUCCCAUGGGGACCCUAUAUUCAAAGUGCAUUAUCUAGGCACCAAGAAGAUCUUCUCCCUAGACCUGAAGCAGGCUGAGGAAGCCAUCAGCCGGCUCCUAGACGGUGCUCCUGGAAAGUUAUCCAAAGACCAUGCACUGGUGGUGCGGCCACGAUAUGUGGAAGUGAAAGAGUUAAGCACAGGGAGGCAGCUCACCAAGACCUACCUGCACGACAUUGCCUGCUGCGCAUCACACACAGCCCAUCCCAAUGUGUUCCUCUAUAUCUGCAGGCAACCUGGUCAGCAGCUGCAGUGUAGGGUGUUCUGGUGUAGUCGUGUGGAAAGGGCAAAGGAUAUGACUGCCUGCCUGGCGGACUCAUUUCAGAGGGCACUAAAUGACUGGCAAGAUGGCUGUGCUACACUACCAAAGGCAGAGGGCAUCGCUAAGGAGGAUGAGACUGACAUCACCCCUGCUGCUGCCAAAGGAUUGACGCUGCCAGCCAGUUUGGGGAAAGUCCGUUGGAAGAAGAAGGGUUCAAUUUCCCGCAGCCCUCUGAGAGCCAUCACCAGGCGUGGCUCAGCCAGUGAAAACUUCCAAUGAGAUUCCCUGUUACUGGAUCUCUUGACCCCUAUGGGAUCCUACCAACAAGAAGGCACUUUCUCUCCAUUCCCACCAUCCCAACAGAGUGACAGAUGACAAUGGCUGGACCUGUCAUAGCAACAAAGCCUUCAGGCAAUGAAAGUAUAGCUUUUACAGACUUGUGUUAGAGUUUGGACUGUUGCCAAAGUUGCUGUUCUUGCUCUUUUAGGGUAGAGACACUAAUGACUGACAAGGUGGGGUGAGCCAGAUAGUUCAUAGAUUAUAUGCUGGUCAUUUUUAUUUCAUUUAUUGCUUGACUAAUUGAGUGCAGUAUUGUUUGUAUUUUCAUCUCAAGACAUAAGGCCUUUAAGGACUUGUAUGCAAGUACAUGCAGAUAACCAAAGUUAAGUAAAACUGACCUAACCAGUGGCUGAAAGUAAGAAAGUUGAUUAGGAUUAUUUAUCAUUUUCCCUCUCUGAAUACAAUGUUUGGAUGGUGGGAAGAAAUGGCAAAACCAGGAUAUGAGCAUUUGCAUUAGGCAUGUUGCAUCAGGGAUUUGUGUAAUAACUGGGAGGAUGCAGGAACUGCGAUUUUGCAAUGGAUCCCUAUUACCACCCAAAAACUGCAAUUGCAAACCACCACAAUUACAAGUUAUGCAUAAUUUCACGUAUACUUUUUUUUUUAGUGCAAUUUCUAACCAGAGGAAGAAAGUUACACUUUUAAACCUGUAUUCUUUUAACAUGUGCAGAUAGCUUUUGCUGUGUUUUAAAAGGAUUGGAUUGAAUGAAGUAUGUUUAGAAUAUCUACACUGAGAUUAGAGUUGAUCUUUUGAGUUUUUUUCCCCUCGUCAUUACAUUUACUUCUAACUAUAAAGUGGGGUAAGAAGUCAAGUCCUUGGAGAAAAUCCCCAAGAGAAAAUAAGAGGCACAGUUUGUUUGUGUGUGCACUGAGUGAGAGAAUGCAACGUGCCAUGAGCAGUCGGUGUCGGAUUCAGGCCGUGCACCUGCAUUCUAAUGGGGCCAUUCUGAACUCCUUUAUGUUCCUUCUUACCUUCAGUCUAGUUUCUGCCUUCAGGACUGCAGGAUUUGAACAUCAAAUAUCCCCCCCCCCUUUUUUUUUGGGGGGGGGGAUUUUCAUGUUAAGCUAGUUAUGCUAAUUUGCAUGUGCAUUUUAGCAUUACAAGCAAUAGUCCUGUGUCUGUAUGGCUUAGUAGCAAAAGCCUAGCAUCUUAAACAGGAUUACAUGCUACAGUUUUUACUGCUAUUCAUGACCUUGUUAGUCCAUUAGCUGCUAUUUUACAGCCAGUGUUGUUAACGCAUAUUUUAAUUGGAAGUAUCUGCAUGUUUAAUGUUGACCUUCAGAGCUUUGGUAUCAUAACAUCAGGCAUUUGGCUCAAUUAUGUUUUGGAUAUUUUAUCCUCAUUGGUUUUAAUCUAAUUUGUAUUGAAAUGUAACCCACCGUACAAGUACACCAUACAUGUCUGCUCAAGGGAUUUUUAAAUGUCUAAUGAAUGUGCAUGUUUUUGUUUUACAUUUGUUGUAUACAUAUAUAAAUAUGUAUUUUCAGAAAUUAAACUUUUAUACAGUAA